AUGAGUAAUGAAGGGGAUGUCUCUACUAGUGGCAAGAAGAAACAUAAGAAACGGAAGAAUAGUGAGAUUAGUGAUUUAGGAGCAGAGGAGGGUAAUGUAGAAUUAGCUGAUGAAAGCCGUCCCAAAAAGAAGCUGAAACAGAAGGUUUUGAGUGAUUCAGGUGUAGACGUAGACUUUGGUGCAGAUAUGGAUAAAAGUCUUAGGAAGAAGAAAAAGAAGGAUGUGAAUGGGAUAGAUGUAGACACACUAUGGGAUGAUAAUAAAAGUAAGGGAAAAAUGAAGAAGGGUAAAUCUGGAGACAGGAGAGAGGCUUCUAAGGUUUUAGAAUCAUCAGGUGAGGCUGUCAAUGAGGAGAAUUUAGAAGUUAGUAGAUCAAAAAGGAGUAGAAAGAAGAAAAAUGAUAGAGAUAAUGUGGAUCAUAAAGAGAAUAGUGGCAUUGAGCUGGUGAAGGGAGGUGUGGCACACUCUGGAGAAGAAGGGCAUGCUAAGAAGAAGAAGAAGAAGAAGAAGAAGAAUCAAACAGAUUUCAAAAUGAAAAAGAAGUCGAAUGAUAAUGUUGGUGAUGCUAGUUUUGUAGAAAAACAGGCUCAUAAUGAGGUUAUUGCGAACAAGAAGCAGAAAAAUGUGAAGGACAGUUUGGGAGAUAGAUAUUUGAGUGAAGAUCAUUUGGGAAAUAGCCAUGUGAAUGCACACAAGAGUGUUGAGGACAGUCAACUUGGAGGCAAUAGUAACAAUGAGCAGGUGAUUAGGAAAAAAAAAGAAGAAGAAAUCAGAAAAAUGCAAAGAUACUGA